CAGUCGGUCUUGCCGUCCUCCUCGCUGCCUCUGUUCGUCACGUUACGUCGGACGGCCACCGCCCGGGCGCCCGCCGGCACCUGAUGCCCGCCGCCCCAGCAAACCAAUGCAUAAACCGCGGCCGCCGCCGGCAGCAUUCCAAUUCCAACCCUCGCCCACUCCACGCCGCAGCACGCGCUGCUCCGCCCCCACCGAUCGAGCCGCCACACCGACCCGGAGGCGGAUGCAGGGCCGCCCGUUCGUGUCCUCUCCGGGCCGCUAGCCGUGCCCCGUCGGCAUGUCCCGCCGCGUGAGCGCCGCACGCGACCGAUGCUUGGAGCUGGAGCGCGCUGUCGCUGGCCGCGUCCGUUCGGGAAACCUUUGCCUCGACGACGCCGUCAAGCUGUUCGGUGAAUUGCUACACCACGCUAGGCCGGCCUCGGUGAUCGCCAUCAAUCAGCUCCUCACCGCCGUCUCUCGCGCCCAGGGCAGGGGCUCCUCCUCCUCGGAGCUCGUCCCCUCCCUCUUCAACCGGAUGGCCCGUGCUUGCUCCAACAAGGUAGCUCCCGACCUGCACACCUACAGCAUCCUCAUCAACUGCUUCUGCCGCAUGGGACGCCUGGAGCUUGGUUUCGCCGCCUUUGGCCUCAUCCUUAAGACAGGCUGGAGGGUGAAUGGCAUAGUCAUCAGUCAACUACUCAAAGGUCUCUGUGACAGAAAGUGCGUGUCUGAGGCUAUGGACAUAUUGCUCCGACGAAUGCCUGAGUUUGGCUGCACGCCAGGUGCAGCUUCAUACAGCACAGUUCUAAAGGGUUUAUGCAACGAAAAGAGAGGUGAGGAGGCACUUGAGCUGCUCCACAUGAUGGCCGAUGACGGAGGUGGUGGAUGCCCACCAGAUGUCGUGGCGUACAACAUUGUCAUCAAUGGCUUAUUUACAGAGGGUCAGGUAGACAAAGCUUACAACCUAUUUCGUGAAAUUGAUAACCAGGGGAUUUUGCCGACUGUUGUGACCUACAACACAGUCAUCAAUGGCCUGUGCAAAGCUCAAGCUGUUGAUAGGGCCGAGGGUGUCCUUCGGCAGAUGGUUCAUAAAGGCGUUAAGCCAGACAAUCAGACAUAUAAUUGUCUGAUCCAUGGACAUUGCUCUUCAGGACGGGGGAAAGAGGUGGUUCGAAUGCUCAAAGAAAUGUCCGCACAUGGUUAUCAGCCAGAUAUUGUCACUUGUAAUUUGCUGCUGGAUUACCUUUGCAAGAGUGGAAGAUGCACAGAGGCUAGAAAGAUUUUUGAUUCUAUGAUUGAAAAGGGCACAAAACCUAAUGUAACUACAUAUGGUGUUCUGCUUCAUGGUUAUGCUACCAAAGGAGCUCUUUCUGACAUGCAUGGCCUCUUGGAUUUGAUGGUAGAAAAUGGUGUUUCACCUGACCAUCGUACCUUUAACAUAGUUCUCUGUGCGUAUGGUAAAGGUGGUAUGAUAAAUGAGGCAAUGCAUAUCUUUGACCGAAUGAGGCAGCAAGGGUUGAGUCCUGAUGGAGUAAACUAUGGAGCAUUAAUAGAUGCACUUUGCAAGUCGGGAAGAGUGGACGAGGCUAUGCUCAAAUUUAAUCAGAUGAUCUAUGAAGGGGUGACUCCUAAUAUCAUUAUUUUUAACUCACUAGUUUAUGGACUGUGCACUGUCGGCAAAUGGGAGAAGGCUAAUGAAUUAUUUUCUGAAAUGCUGAAUCAAGGGAUCCAUCCCAAUGCCUCGUUCUUCAACACAAUAAUGUGUAACCUUUGCAGAGAAGGACGAGUCACGGAAGCCCAGAGUCUCCUUGACUUGAUGGUGUGUGUAGGUGUGAGACCUGAUGUUAUCUCAUAUACUACGUUAAUGGAUGGCCACUGCUUAGCUGGUAGGAUGAAGGAAGCUAUGAAGUUACUUGAUGAUAUGGUCCGAGUUGGCUUGAAACCAGAUGCCUUUUCUUAUAAUACUUUGCUUCAUGGCUAUUGUAGAGCUGGCAGGAUAGAUGAUGCAGUUAGACUAUUCAGAGAAAUGUUAAGCAAUGAAGUUAGGCCUGGAAUUGUCACUUAUAGCAUGGUACUUCAGGGUUUAUUUCAGUCUGGGAAAAUUUCUGAAGCAAAAGAACUCUAUCCCAAUAUGAUCAAUAGUGGAGUACAGUUGGACAUUUACACGUACAACAUAAUUCUGGAUGGUCUUUGCAAAAAUAAUUGUGUUGAUGAGGCAUUUAAAAUAUUUCAGAGUUUAUGUUCUAAGGGUUUUCAACUACACAUUAUUACCUUCAACAUUAUGAUUGAUGCUUUACUCAAAAGUAGCAGAAAGGAAGAUGCUAUGGAUAUGUUCAUUACUAUCUCUGCGCAUGGUUUAGUUCCAGAUGUUGUCACCUAUCGCUUAAUGAUACAAAAUCUCAUCAAAGAAGGAUUGCUAGAAGAGUCUGACAAUCUGUUUUUAGCAAUGGAAAAGAGUGGAUGCACUCCAGACUCAUGUAUGCUAAAUUCUCUUGUUAGGAGGCUGUUGCAUAGAGGUGAGAUAAUGAGGGCUGGGGCUUACCUCUCCAAAAUUGAUGAGAUGAACUUCUCACUUGAGGCAGCCACUACUUCCUUGCUAAUAUCAGUUUUCUCGAGGGAGGAAUAUCAGCACCAUGCAAAGUCCCUGCCUGAAAAGUAUCAUUUUCUUGAGGCUGUCAAUAAAUGAGGAUUUUUUCAGAGGAAUUGGAUUCUCAACUGUGUUGAGACAUCUUUUAUGUGGCGCAUAAAUUUGUUGGAGUGAUUAUGUCUAUCCAUUGCAGUGAAUAUUUCUGUCUCAUGCUCUAAGUUACUUGCCAUAUUCUGUGGUCUCCUUUGUUUAGAGAAAUGUUAUCAUGAUAGUGCUCUUCAGUAUCAAGUUUAUCACCAAGUAAAAAUUAUCUUGUUUUCAGUUGCACUUAUAUUUGCAACAGGGAUCAAUUUACAUGUUGAUGGUUCAAGAAGGUUUGGAUGCUUUUCGUUGCAUAAUUUGUUAAGAAAUCCUGCACUUCCAAGGAUAAAAUAAAUCAUAUGUGUUUACUGCUUGCAAUUCAAUGUAUCUAGUAAAUCCAAUACUAUCAUUCUUUGGAAUAUGGAUUAAGAGAUAAGGAACAGACUCUAAUGGGAAAAAAAUGUUUGUUUAGUAUAAAGUGUUUACCAACUCUGUCACCAUUAUCUUCUACAUUGGUUAUUCUUUAGAUGUUUUUGAAGGUAUUGAUUUUAUAUUCCCUGUUGAUGCAUAUCAGCAUGUUGCAUAAUCAGUUCACAAAACCACUACUGUCCAUAAUGUUCUGGUUAGCCUUGCUUGUUGACAUGGUUUUACCUUUCUGCAGCUGUAUUACCUUGUUGACAUGGUUAGCCUUGCACGUUAAUUGCUGUUACAUGUAAAAUUGGUAAAAGAAACUUCAAACAAGGGUGCUGAGGAACUUUCUAAAAUUUCGA